AUGAAACCAGAUUCAAAAACAUCAAACGUCGAGGAAGGAGAGAUCUUCAGCGAUGAGUUGGAUGAUGAUGACGAUGAUGGGCUGGAUGAGAACCUCAUCGGAGGCGAAGAAGACAAAAGAAAGUUGGAAAAAAUGAGUGAAAAAGAGAGAGAGGAGGAGCUAUUCAAACGUGCUGAGCGGCGUGAUGCGAUCAUGGUAAAUAGCAUUUCAAUUUUGACAAACGCCACAGGCACGUAG